AUUAACUUAACGAAGUUCAUUAGCAAAAUUCCCUGACCAUUGAUUUUAAGCUGCUCUGCUCCGAUCCCACUCUAAAACCCUAAAACCAAACCCUAACAAGUCUCCUCCCAAAAAAACAUGUCUUCUUCCAUUCGUCUUCGCCACCUCCGCCACUUUUCGGCCACCUCCAAUGCCGCCGCUGCCGCCGCUUACUCCUCCUCCAUUUCGGUUUCCCAAGCCAAAAGCAAACUCCGCACUGAGUACGACCCUGACAAAGCCCUCGAAAUCUACUCUUCCGUUUCCAAACACUACUCUUCCCCUUCUUCUUCCCGUUACGCUCAAGACCUCACCGUCCGCCGCCUCGCCAAGUCCCGUCGUUUCUCCGACAUCGAAUCCUUAAUAGAGUCCCACAAAACCGACCCCAAGAUUUCUCAGGAGCCUUUCCUCUCUACUCUCAUCAGAUCCUAUGGUAUCGCUGGCAUGUUAGAUCAUGCCAUCAAAACUUUCCAUCAAAUGGACCAAUUUGGUACCCCCAGAUCAACCAUUUCUUUCAACGCCUUGCUCUCCGCUUGCAAUCAGUCUAGGCAAUUUGACAGAGUUCCCCAGCUGUUCGAUGAAAUUCCCAAGAAAUACAUUGGUCUUUCACCAGACAAAGUUUCCUAUGGGAUUUUAGUUAAAUCUUAUUGCGAAGCGGGUCAUCCCGAGAAAGGGCUUGAGGUUCUAAGAGAAAUGGAAAGGAAAAGCGUGGAGGUAACUGCGGUUACCUCUACAACAAUUUUAAACGCAUUAUAUAAGAAGGGAAAAACAGAAGAGGCAGAGAAGUUGUGGUUUGAGAUGAUGAAGACUGGUUGCGAAUUAGAUGUUGCUUCUUAUAACGUUAGGAUUUCGAAUUUUCAAGGCGGAGAGCCUGAGAAAGUGAAGGAAUUGAUUGACGAUAUGAGCACCCUAGGGUUGAAACCGGAUACCAUUAGUUAUAAUUAUCUGAUGACUUGUUAUUGUAAGAGAGGCAUGUUGGAUGAAGCUAAGAAGGUAUAUGAAGGAUUGGAAGGUAAUGGGUGUAAUCCAAAUGCGGCUACUUUUCGGACGCUGGUGUUUUAUUUAUGUUUAAAUGGAUUGUAUGAGCAAGGUUAUAAGGUGUUCAAAGAGAGUGUGAGGUUGCAUAAGAUUCCUGAUUUUAACACUUUGAAGCAUUUGGUGGAGGGAUUGGUGAUGAAAAAGAAGAUCAAGGAUGCGAAAGGGUUAAUCAGGACGGUAAAGAAGACGUUCCCUCCCAACUUUUUGAAAGCAUGGAAGAAGCUCGAGGAAGAACUUGGUUUGGUUUCUGGUAAUGCUGAAGCUCGUGAGGCUAAAGAAUCAACAGGUUAGAAUUGAGAUUUUAGCUGUUAUUUUGCUGGUGGUUUGAGUUAGCUGCUUUAUAUUCUUUUGCAGCUAAGAAUGAUUAGAUGAACUAUGCAAUCCACCAUAGAAGUUUGAAUGAUGAUAAUAUUUUUUUUCUUAGAUAGUUUUACAAAAGGUCAAUUCUGCUUUAAUUGUAAGGAUUGAUUUGUGUUACUCUUUUGCUAUGUGUUUGUUUCAUUGUUCUACUUGUUUUGGAAUGAAAAGAAAAUUCUAAUAA